AUGCGAGAUAUGGGAAGAGAAAUCAUUCGUGAGGAAUCACCAAGGAGGCCUGAGGAACGUAGUAGGUUGUGGUUUCACAAGGAUGUGGUUGACGGAAAAGAAGGUGUUUUGGGACUGGCUUUAAAGCUGCCUAGAGCUAAUGCAAAAUGUUUUAGUACUAAAGCAUUUGAGAAGAUGGAGAGACUCAGACUCCUUCAACUUGAUGAGGUAACACUUGAUGGAGAUUUUGAAUAUGUUUCUAGAGAUCUGAGAUGGCUGUCAUGGAAUGGAUUAAGUCAAAUUCUUAUAAACUUCUAUCGAGAAAAUUUAGUUUCCAUUGAGUUAAAGAAUAGCAAUCUUGAACUUCUAGGGAAUAAGACUCUGUGGAUGGUGAAGCUGAAAAUUCUAAAUCUUAGUCAUUCUCACUUUCUCACACAAAGCCCUGACUUUUCAAACAUGCCUAAUCUUGAAAAUCUAGUACUCAAAGAUUGUCCAUUGUUAUAUGCGGUUUCUCCUACCAUUGGAGAUCUCAAGAAAAUUCUUCUGAUAAAUUUGGAAGACUGUCUAAAUCAAACAACAUUAAUUGGAUCAAAGUGCAGUGUCCUCAAUAGCAAAACGGUAUAG